CAAACUGAAUGGUUACUGUUAAUAACAUUACUGCAAACUGUUGGGUAUUGUUGUAUGCGUGUGUAGUGUUAAGCAACAGUGAACAAAAAGUGCUGCGAGUUGCAAGUUGUGCGUGCGUGCGGAGAAUGUGAAAAUUAAUUUAAGAGCCACGAAAACUAACCAAUUUAUUUAAUAUAAAUAGCAACAACAAUCAGCCGCGUUCUUACACUUUAACGUGCAUGUGGGUGAAUUUCUACUUCGUUCAAUAUGUUUCAACGCGACGCGCAAUCUACGCUUAAACUGUGAAGAAACUUACAACAGCGAAAAAGGCAAGAGAAGUAGCAAAAGCAAAGCCAAAGCAAAAAAAAGUGCAUACAGGAGUGGCUGCUGUGGCUGCGCGAGCAUAAAAAAGAAUUGAAAUUGCCAAAUCCAAGCAGGCAUACACACACACAUGCACGCAUACAUAAAAUAAAGAUCUUGUCAUAUUCAAUUAACAUUCGAAAAAACUUAACGUACAAAAUAAAUAACUACUACGUACGAAGAAAAUUCAAACAACGCCCAAAACAAAAAAAAAUUAACAGAAACAAGUACGAGGAGCAGCAACAACAACGAAAGCAAGAUAAAUGCAUACAGAUACAAAAAAAAAAUAACAUAAAAAUAAAUAACAACAACAACUACAACAACGCAGUUACAUUCCAGUGGAAAGUAAAGGGGAAUCAAAAAGAACAUGUUUUUGGCCAGCAUAAAACAGCAUAAAAUUGUGAGCGAGCACAUUUUUCUGUGAAAAACGAAGAACGCCCGAAAGAAAAGCGCUGCCCACACAUUUAUACAAACACACACAGGCACAGACACACGAGUACGCAGGCAAAUAACCGCACGCAUACUAACAAACCAAACGCUCACACACACGCACUGCACACACACACAUACACAAUGUCCAGCUGGGCUGAACGCGUGCAUCGACGCGCCGCGGAUUUGGGCAAUGUUGUCACCUCCUGCGGCCAUCCGGCAACCGCUCCUGGUUACCCCUACCGCCUGGAGAAGGUCAAGUUUGGAGUGCCACUGGAGGAGGUGUGCAAGCACAACAACAACAUUCCGGGACCGCUGCUGGUGCUGAUAUUAAAGCUGAACAAGGAGUCGCCCAAUCGACGCGAUGUUUUCCGUGCUCCAGGUCAUCAGGCCUCCAUGAAAAAGCUGAUUCACUUCCUGCAGGCGGGUCGACUUGUCAACGUGGACAAGUAUUCCGUGUUCACCAUUGCCAGUGUAUUAAAGAAGUUCCUCCGCAAGAUUCCCAAUGGCAUCUUUGGACGCAACGGCGAGAUGGAGCUAUUCGCCAUUAACGAGCUCCAGAACGAAACCGAGCAGACGGACCGUUUACACAGAUUGUUUGCAUCACUGCCCAAGUAUACGCAACAUCUUUUAGUCUUACUAUUUGGCACAUUCCGCGUCAUCGCCAGCAAUGCCGCCAACGCCUCCACGGGCAUGACCAGCGAGGCCCUCGGUGUCUCUGUGGCCCCCAGUUUCUUUCAAUCUUGCGUUAGCGAUGGCAAAACCGCUCGCAUGGAAGAUGUGCUCAAAUUUAAGGUGGCUACUAAGAUCAUGCAACAUAUAAUUGAUAAGUUUGCCACACACGAUAUCUUUGGACGCGACAACUAUGAGUAUUAUGCUCGCGUCACGGGACGCAUUCUCAAGGUGCAGGACGAAUGGAUCUGCAGUUUCCAAUAUCCGCCACCGCCACGAGGAAAAUUGGCUCAACAGAAAUAUGCAUUGCAACAUUCUUUGGAAGCUGAGAAGACUUGGUUGCAGUGCCAAUGCGAGCGUUGGGGCCUACUGGCCCAGGAGGAAUCACGCUCGACGCCUGCGUUGCUGACCAGCUCCAGCUCGGCGCUGGAGAACAGCGUGCUCUCACUGGGAGUAUCGCCGGAGCAUUCGUUUAUCGAGAGUUGUGCCCGUCUCUCGGUAUCGCUGGAGGGUCCAGGAAUCUUUGCCAUGACAAGUUCCCCGCUGCCGGCCAAGCGUAAUGGCAAUGGCACUGACUAUGAUUAUGAUGAUUAUGCGGACGAUGAUGAAGAUAAUGAUGAGCUGCCACAUGACUUUGCCGCCGAACUGGAGCUGAGCAGCAUUGCCCCAGCGACGCCAGGCCAAUUGCAACAACAGCAGCAGCAACAACCACAUCAACAGCUGCGUGGCAUGCAACAACGUUUUAGACAGCGACAACAACUGAUGAGCACAGCAACAACGAAUAAUUCGCAGGAUGAUGACGACGAUGAGGACGAUGAUGAGGAUGACGAGCUGACCACAGUGAAGCGUCGCUAUCGUCAAAACAAAAAGAAACCCUUGGCCAGCAGCCAUCAUCAGCGACGUCUGCGCUCUGGCACCAAGAGUCUUGAUGGCGGUGGCGGUGGUGUCGUCGAUCGACGUGGCAGCAAUGCCACAGCAACAGUUGCUGCUGCAGCUGCAACAUCGCCAACAACAGCAGCUGCUGCUGCUGCUACUGCAGCUGCUACUCUCACCAGCAGCAAUGGUGGCAAGUUGAAGCAACAGCAACGCACCUGCAGCCGUUGCAAUCGCGGCAUACGUCACAGCAGCUCCUGUAGCUCGAAUUCUGGUGGCGCCGUUGGCUCCAAUGGCGGCAACACUGGCAACAACAAUGGAGGCGGCAACUCUGGCGGCAUGACCAUGGAGGAGCUGCGUGCUGUCAAUCGCUAUGCGGAGAGUACCAAAAGUCUCUCGUAUUUGCCACAGGUUCAUGAACGUCAAACCGCACGCAUGCGCACCCGGUCCGAGUGGUUCCUGGGGCCACGGGAUGCGGUUGUCUCGCUGCAGCUGCCGGCGGAAACGUGCAGCAACUGCUGCCUGGCCGCAGCUGCCGCCGCAGCAGCUGGCUACUUGGGCGGCGGCAGUACACGCGACAUGCGUCAAACAGUUGCCGGCGGUGGCGGUAGCGGUGGCAUCGGUGGCUCAACAGUUGCCAUGGAUGCGGAGCGUAGCUCAGCGGCGCUGCUCUAUCAUUUCUAUCGGCGGCAGCAGCGGGAACGUGAACAGGAGCAGGAGCAGCUGCAUCGCUUGGACGACAUGAUGGACACCGAGGAUAGCUACAGCUACAAUCGUCAGCAACAGGAGCAACAACAACAGCAACACAUACAUUCCAAGGGUCUGCUGAGACCGCCGCAGCAGCAGCAGCAACAACAGCGUCGUCUGCUGCUGGACGUCAAUUCGGUUGGCAACAUCCGUUUGAGUAACAGCGCAGAGUCCAUACAAUAUGCAUCGCGUCGACCCAACAUCGGCAUCGGCAGCAAUCCCAACAGUUGCAGCGGCAACACUCCCAACAGCAACACACGUCGCCUGCUUAUCAAUGUGCCACGGCAAUAUCCGUUGCGUUCAUCGUUGCGACGACACAAAGAGAAACAAAUUGGUGGCAGCCAAAGCAACAGCAGCAACAGCAUCAGCAACGAGCAGCUAACCGGCAAUGUUGCUGGUGGUGGUGGCUCAGCAGCAGCAACUGUUGCAGCUGGACCGCUGAACAAGCCGCUGCUGCUGGUGGGACUGUUGCCGGGUGCCGAGCAGCCGCCAUCGGUGCGCAAUUCAAUAGCCGAUUGCGGCAGCAUUGACUAUGACAAAAUGGACACCGUGGAGCAUCAGCUGAGUGUCGAGUGCAGCACAACGUUGAGCUUCAAGCCGCCGCGACUGUAACAGCAGCAGCAACACCACCAACAACAACAAUUGGAGGCAAGCGACGCAGGCUCAAGCAACAUAACAACAGCAGAUUUAAUUAAUUAACUAAUUAAGCACACAUUUAUAUAUAGUAUAUACUAAUACGUAUUUGUAUUUGUAUUUAUGUGUAUAGCAAGAAAAGGCUGAUUUUCUUUAGUUUAAAAACGAUACAAAUUAACGGAUAUUGAUAUUGCAACAAAUUGCCAAAUUUUAUUUGAACUGAAAUUCUAUGCAUUCAUUUGUUGUACAAUUUAUUCGAGAGUUUGUUUUCUCUUUUUUUUUUAGUUAUUGUCAAGAAUCUCUUUUUUUAUUCAACUCAAAUUUCAACAUAGCACUCGAAAACAUUGUCAAAAGAAAAAUUAGACUAAGCGCAAAUUUCUGUUUUAAAACUUUUGACCUGAACAACGACAUACUGCAAAAUGUAAAUAUAACCAUUGUAUAAGAGAUUUAUAACAGAUUUUGCAAGACUCGCCCAGCAAUCAAAAUGAACAGUUCAACAUUGUAAGAAAUGUUACUCAAACUCAAUAUUAUUAUUAUUAAUAUUAUAUACGUAAUAGUACAAAAAACAAGUUUGAAAAAAUCAACAAAAAAAAAUGAAUGAAUGAUAAACUAUAUUAUAGAAAUACUUAUUAAAAAAAAAAAACCAUGUAUAUUGAAUGUUUUAGCAUUUAAUUAAUAGUUUUACAUAUAUUUAAUAUAUUCAAAACAAAGUUGUAAUAUAUUUAUAGCUAAUGUCUGUGUGUCCAAAAGAUGUUAUAGAUAUAAAUAUAUAUAUGUAUAUUAACUUAAUUUAAGGCUAGCACAGCUCGAGCAAUACGAUCGGGAGGCUAGGCAAAACGGAACCCACAGCAAAAGGUGCAGAAUUCUAAAAAGAAAAAAAGAAUCAACAACAAUUAAAAUAUUAUAAAGAAUUAACUUUAUAUGUAGACAUAUACUAUAUAUAUAAAAAGAAUCAAUCAUUCAGUGAGUUAAGAAACUUGCCCAGUUGCAGCCAAUUUACUUUAGUAAAGAAUCCCAAACUAAACAGUAUAACAGUAUGAUACUAUUAUACUGCUCAGAUUGGGGAUGCCUUACUUAUGUAAAUAUAAUAUUAGUAUUUUCCUCUUACCCCUUAACAUUUUCACUGCCCCGCUCACUCUCUCUCUCUCUCUUUCCUGGCCCCAAUUUCUAGAGAACUUUCAGAUUUUUCGCGUGUUUAUGCAAAAAAUCUAUGAAAGUUACAAAAAAUUUCACUCGCUGUGCUACAAAAGAUUUGUAUGUUUGUUGUGCGAAAAAUAAACAGAAAUAAAACAAAUUGAAUUUAUACAUAAAUAUAUGUAAAUUAGUAUUAGUUAAUGGACUUGAACUUUGGCCAUUUCGUACAUAGUAUGAAAACCAAUCUUUCAAUUC